AUGUGUAGAGACACAAGAGCACGACGUAACGAAGUGUUACAAUCCACGGAGUCGUUGCUUGAUCCUCUGGACCCUAUUUACGCCACCGUUGCGGGUGACACGAAGAAAGUCAACGAUACGAUUAGACGUAUCCGAGUCAUCCUGACUUGCGGCGACAUUCUGCGCCAAGCGACGAACGACCUGGAACAAAGCGAAGAGAUGGAAACUGCUCUUGAAGACGCUCUCGUAGAGGGACGAAAUGAGCUGGCCGAGCGAUUGGGCGCUAGGUGGUAUGAUGACGACUUCCGAUAUGCCAGAGGGCUGGAUAAUUACCAAUGCGAAGUUUUCGUCGAGAGAUACGUCGACUACUUCGUUCAUUAUCUCAAUCGAAACAAAGAUCCACCGGCAAUACGUGCAUACACCAGACAGGUUCUCAAUCGACUAGAGAAACUAAGGGCCGGCCUUCAAAGCCCAAUAGAGGACCAGACAAUCGACGAGGAUAUCACGAACGACCCCGCCAUAUUCCUUCCUGGCAGCUGGAAGGAGAUGCAUCAAAGGUCAAAAAUCGAAGAUUUUAUGAGGCUUGUCGGCUAUCAAAUCAUUUUGCCCGUAGACGGUGCGGUGUCAGCGACACUUGGCAAAGAGAACGGCGAGGCUACCAUCUCCAUGAUUCGUCUGCACGAGGAGCCGGACAGAUACUUCAAGUCUUCACUAGCGGAAUACCUCGAUAACAAUGACUGGUUCGAUCUCGGGAAACGUAUCGUCAAAGAUUUGCAUUGGAUUCAGACCGAUGGGAAGAAGAUACGGUUCAUCAAGCCAUUUGUACCAGCCGUCGUUCUCACAAUUCGGGCAUUCAUCAAAAACCACUUGAUCAGACUUUCGAUUCACAAGGACGUAGUAGUUGUACACGUCAAGCCAAACAUGAUAGUAGUCGGGAGAUUAUCUGAGGAUUCAUAUGGAGAAAUUAAGGUGACUCCAGGGAGGGAUGGAAAUCCAGGCACCAUGCGCUCUGAAUGGAUCGAGGGCAAUCCGGAUCACAUAACAUAUGAAUAG